UGUCAACCAAUGCUUCACAGGCGUGAUCGGAUGCCCCGGGCCCGUCUGAGCUAGAGAAAUUCUGCCUCAAAAAACCAAAGGCCAAAGAACAAAAUUACAAUUUAAAAAAGAUGCUCUCUUGGGACGGUAACGAUCUACCACGGACCAACACGGACCGUCGCGGCACAGCGUCACGGCUGGAAACAAAACUCUACUUCCGUCCCAAGCCUCGCAGGACGGACCUCGAAGGGGAGGGACCAUCGCCCAAAGGAAAGGCCCCUCGCAGGCACUUCCGCCCUCUCCUAAGAUGGCGCAGGCGGAAGGGGCCGGUCACCGCCCGCUGGCGACGUCGCGACUGGAGUUGAACCUGGUGCGGUUGUUGUGUCGCUGCGAAUCGAUGGCGGCAGAAAAGCGGGAACCGAACGAGUGGCGUCUGGAGAAGUAUGUGGGUGCCCUGGAAGACAUGCUGCAGGCCCUGAAGGUCCAAGCGAGCAAACCUGCCUCCGAAGUCAUCAGCGAGUACUCGCGGAAGGUGGACUUUCUGAAGGGCAUGCUGCAGGCUGAGAAAUUGACCUCCUCCUCUGAGAAGGCUCUAGCUAACCAGUUCCUGGCCCCUGGUCGCGUGCCCACCACAGCUAGGGAGCGGGUGCCCGCCACCAAGACCGUCCAUUUGCAAUCCCGGGCACGUUACACCAGUGAGAUGCGGAGUGAGCUGCUGGGCAUGGACUCAUCUGGAGAGCGUGAGAUGGACAUGAGGCAGCGCAUAGCAAAUGGGUCCAGACCUGUGGAUGAGAAGCAUUCGGUGUCCGAGCUCGACCUUGUCCUCCAGAGGCACCAGGGCCUCCAGGAAAAGCUGGCGGAGGAGAUGCUAGGCCUGGCAAGAAGCCUCAAGACCAACACACUGGCCGCCCAGAGUGUCAUCAAGAAGGACAACCAGACCCUGUCACACUCUCUCAAGAUGGCUGACCAGAACCUGGAGAAGCUGAAGAUGGAAUCUGAGCGGCUGGAGCAGCACACGCGGAAGUCUGUGGACUGGCUGCUCUGGGCCAUGCUCAUCGUCGUGUGCUUUGUGUUCAUCAGCAUGAUCUUGUUUAUCAGAGUCAUGCCCCGGCUGAAGUAAAGCCCAGUGCCAGCUCACA